AUGGGGCGCGCGAUGGCCACCAUCAUGCUUCUUCUGCUCGUUCCUGCUUCAGGUCUUCGGAAUAUGGAGGGAGGCAGCCACGUGGUCGAGCAGCACGAGGGCAUCGGCCAGGUUGCAGAGCACCUUGAUCACGCCAACGAAGGAUCCUCCGUAGUCAAGCACUGCCAGGGAGAUUACGACGCACCAGAAUGGGAGAAGACCGGAUGCAAGACAGACAGAGACUGCAUGCAUUGCGGCCGUGGCUGGGAGUGCUACCACAGAAGUGAACACAUCAUGGCAGAAGAGAAGGACAGGCCCAUGUUUAAGGCGGCCUAUUGUACCAAGAUCUUUUAG